AUGGCGGAAGUCAUCGAAGUGGAAAUUGAACAGGCGAGUGAACAAGAACAAAGAGGAAGAGAAGAUGAGGUUGUUUCAGUUUUGUCACGCCUACAACCGCCUGUUGCAAGUGAUUUAUCUCGAAAAAGAAAAUUGGUAACCAACCCUGGAAAAGGAAACCGAAGAUCAAAGUCAAGUUCACCCAAUUUAACUGCAGCAAAAAGCGAGCCAAAAUCAAUCUCAGCUAAAGACAGAGCCAAAGAAUUUAAAGAUGAGCCAUUCACCGCACAGGCAAACGGGGGACUUUUUUGCACGGCUUGUCGUGAGCUAGUUUCUCUGAAGAAACAGAAUGUAGAUGUUCAUAUUUCAAGCAAAAAACACAAGGAGAACAAAGAAAAGCGGUUGCUGAAUGACAAGAAAGACGACGACAUUAGAAAGGCCAUUGCAAAGUAUGACGAUAAGAACCAUCCAAAGGGAGAAACGCUUCCUUCUACAACAAGAUUAUUCAGGGUGAAAUUUGUUAAAGCGUUCUUGAAGAGUGGUACACCUUUGAGCAGGGCAGAAUAUUUCAGAGAUCUAUUUGAGGAGGUGGGAUACCCACUUACUUCAAGUUCGAACAUGAGACAACUUAUUCCUUUCAUCCUCGAACAAGAAUACGAAUGCAUUUGCCAAGAAGUGAAGGGAAAAGAUCUUGCCAUCAUAUUUGGUGGAACUACGCGAGAUCGGGAAGCAUUAGUUGCUCUGGUUCGUUUUGUGGAAUCAUGGACAAUAAAGCAGAGGCUUGUGAGAUUGAGACUUUUAAAAAGUUCUUUUAACGGUGACGAGCUACAGUCUCAGACAAAAAUAGUUGGGACACUUAGACCAAACGCUGUUUUUUUCCUUCUCGUGCUCCCCUUGUCCUUCUCAAAGUUGUUUAUCACGGUUCAGUCACCAAACCUUGUACACCAACAUUGAGGGGACAAGGAGACACGAAAGUGUCCCAACAAUUUUGACUGAGACUGUGUUUUAGCGGAAUUUUAGGUAUGUGACUCCUUGUUGGCUCUAGUGGCGGGAAAUAGCCAGUCAGGUAUAUACACGUUUCGGAGCCAUUUUUUCGGGAGAAAAUGAGAGAUUUCAAGGAGAAAAAGAGAGAAGACAAUCAAUAGGGGAAAGAAGUGUUUGUUUCUUUAAUCACAACAUUCCAAGGUUUUAAAAAAGCUUUGAAUGUAUUGGGUUCUAACAGUGAACAACGGAUGAGUCAAAAUUGCGCGCAUUAUUUUGCAGGGGAUGUAUCUUGCUCCUAAAAUGUCGUACCGGUGGUGACAACGAUUGGACGGGUCACCGUACUAUCCAGGGCGUUUUCUAAGACCUCUCUGGUAUAUAUAAUGGAAUAAGAAAGAAAAGGAUAAGGUUAUUUCACACCUAAUUAAAAUUGCCAAGGUUUAUAGAGCCUUGAUACAUGUAAGACAAGUUAUGAAGACUUUGAUCAUGGUGACCCGAUUGUUCACUGAACGAAACCUACAAAUAUCUUAAUUGAAUCAGAACGGUGACCCGUGUACACAUCGAGUAUAACACUUUUUUUGAGGUUUUAAGGAUAUGUAUUGUCCUCGUUUUACUAUGAUUCAUGUUUUGUACCUUAAUUCCCAUAUUUUUGGCACAAGUGUUUGUUGUAUAGCUAUUCAGGAAGGUGUAUAUUUGGGGUAAAGAAUGAGAACGGAUGUCACCAUUUGGCGCAAGGCCAAAUUAACAUACGUUGUAAACAACGUUUAAAACGUUGUUGAUUUUACAGCAGUAUCCUGGAAUGUCAUGAAGAAACUUUUGGGCGUUUUUUACCAAACACUAUUGCAGCCGCGACACCCUUUUUACGCGCUUGUAGUCAAUAGCAUCUCUAGCAAUUUAGAAAGUGGGAUACUGUUCUCGCUGAUACGUCUUGGGAAUAAUCCUGGCUUGUUGCAUUUUACAGUUUGGAGGAAUAGUUUCCCCCUUUUUCUCGAAAUCGCUUAAUGGCUCUUCUGAACUGUCUAUCGCCUCUUGCCCUUAACUUAGAGAGGCAUCUCUUUGGGCCUUGUUCCUUACACUCUUUUUUGGCAAAGAGGCCUUCUUUUUUUUUGCUCCACACAUUUUCUCUUGAAAUGUGGCACAUUCGAGCGACUCUCCGUAUGUGAAAGCCCUAAAUUUUAGGCAGAUAGUAUGCACGUGCUAUAAUUGUCAUGCUAUCAAUCACUCACUUAAAAGCUAUUUGUGUACCGUUUAUUGUACACUCAGUUCCUUUUAUUUUCCAAUACUCUACUUCCCCAAAAAAUUUCUGCGAACUGGACAUUCUUUGUGUUAUUGUGUUAUGCCAAAAUAAGUCAGUUCACUGCUAUAGAUACGUUUGCGAAACACAAUGGACGUCCCAACAAACCAAAACCCAGCGGUUGUGACCGACCUAGAGAUUAACCUUGGUAUCUGUCAACACGCCUUCAAAUUCCUCCCCGACACAGUCUCAGACAAAAAUAGUUGGGACACUUAGACCAAACGCUGUUUUUUUCCUUCUCGUGCUCCCCUUGUCCCUCUCAAAGUUGUUUAUCAUGGUUCAGUCACCAAACCUUGUACACCAACAUUGAGGGGACAAGGAGACACGAAAGUGUCCCAACAAUUUUGACUGAGACUGUAGCUCGCAUAAUUAUCGAGGUGUUGCACAGAAAAAUCAAUAUUCAAGAGAACAGUCUU